AUGGCCGGGGAUGACUUUACCAUCGAGGCCUUCACCCUCCUCGCCAUCGCAAUCGUUACCAUCGCUAUCCGCAUCACCGCACGAUGGAUCACCGCUGGACCGAGAAACUUCCAGCUCGAUGACUUCCUCAUGCCCUUAGCGGGGGUGGUCUACGGGUUGGAAUCGGGCGCCGCUUACUGCGUUGGCGCUUGGUGGAUGGGUCUGGCCAACAACUCCAUGACCGAUGAGCAACGAGCCACGCUUUCUCCCACUUCGGAAGAAUACCAGCUGCGCGUGGGCGGCUCCAAGACCCAGGUUCUGGGUUGGUCGCUGUAUACAACCCUGCUGUGGUUGUUGAAAGCUUGUAUGGCGAUUUUCUACUCGCGAUUGACAGCCGGUCUGAUCAAUAUGCACCGUCGUGUCCAAAUCGCCUACGUCCUCAUUGGCGCAACCUAUAUCGCCGUCAUUUGCUCCAUCCUGUUCGGUUGCCAUCCCAUGCAUAAAAACUGGCAAAUAUACCCAGACCCAGGCAAUUACUGCCAGCCCGCGGUGUCGCAGAUCGACGUCUACGUUACUGUUACUUUGAACGUUGCGACAGACGUAUACUUGAUAUCGAUUCCGACACCGAUGCUCUUCAAAGCCCGCCUCCCAUGGCGCGAAAAACUCGAACUCCUCGUCCUCUUCAGCGGCGGAAUCUUCGUCAUGGCAGCUGGUAUCCUCCGUUGCGUGUUAAUUGUCACAGCCGGCGCAAACGGCGCCCAACAAGCCGGCAGCUGGGCCUGUCGCGAAACCUUCGUGGCCGUCAUAAUCGGCAACGCCCCCAUGAUCUACGCCCUAUGUCGCCGCAUCGCCCGCCGAGCAGGCUGGUACAUCAGCACGAAAGGCGUCAGCGCAAACAGCUAUCCGUUGACGGAUAGCGGCGGACUGAACUCCAAGAGUACCAUGCAUAGCAGCAAUCGGAAACGGAAGUUCAAGCAUCCGUUGUCGUUGCCGGAUACGCAGUAUCAUGAUGAGCAGACGAUUUUGCCUUCGCAGCCAACGAUUUGUGAGGCGGGGACUGGGAAUUGGGAUGAGGAGAGUCGGGGGAGUCAGGAGGGGAUUAAGAUUGUUAGGGAGACUAUUACCCGUCAUUGCACCUCGGUACGCGGGAUGGGCCAUCUCGGAGACGUAAGCCGGACCGGCCGUGGCGGAGGUCGCGACGCCGAAGCCCAAGAUGAAUCUGCCCGCCAUGAAGCCGCCCAGGUUAUGGCAUGUGGCUUGGACGAUUGUUCCGAUGAUAAUGAAGAUGGAGCCGAGGGCCAUGCCGACGCGACGACCUAUGAAAUAGCGACUUAG